GAUGUCAUAUCCGUUGUCCAGGUCUCCACACCUCUCUCAGCUGUUACUCCCUUUAUCUUUUUCUUGGGUCAAAACUUUUGAGGUGGUCUGGCUAUAUAGCCGCGGGAGAGAAGGUAAAUUGGGGCGCGCGGCUUGGAGGAGCUUCAGCACCUCGGUCAGCGACCACUGCAGCUCAAUCCACUCCUAGAGCUCGCGGACUCCCAGCCCUGAGAAUGCCUGCGGAAUGAUCGCCCCCCAGGGCGGCUGCCGCUACUGCCGCUGCUGCUACCGCUGCUGCUGCUACUGCUCCUGCCGCCGCCUCUGUCUCCACUCAGCUCUGACUGGCAGGCAGAAAGUGCAACUGACGAAGGAAAGGUCUCUGCAGUGAGAGUGGAGUGGCUACAUAAAAGAGAGUAAACAGGGGCAAAAAUCCAGAUCAGAAUGCAGGCGGCAUCCAACCUACUCAAUCUCCUGCUGCUGUCUUUGCUUGCUGGAUUAGACCCUUCCAAGGUACUCAAUCAACUGUAGAGGUGAAGCUUCUUUGGGACAAGGGAUAAGAAAAGAACAACAUUAUGCAGCAAGAUCAGAUAUGGUCUUCCUCAAAAAUGCUAUUCUCUCAUGGUGCAAAGGACCUCACUGGAUGAUUCUAUAUUUUACCUGGACAUCAGACUCAGAUUAGUCCCAAAGAAGGGUGGCAGGUAUACAGCUCAGCACAGGAUCCUGAUGGACGAUGCAUUUGCACAGUGGUUGCUCCAGAACAAAACCUGUGCUCCCGGGAUGCCAAAAGCAGGCAGCUUCGCCAGCUGCUGGAAAAGGUUCAAAACAUGUCUCAGUCUAUUGAAGUCUUAAACUUGAGAACUCAGAGAGAUUUCCAAUAUGUUCUAAAAAUGGAAACCCAAAUGAAAGGGCUGAAGGUCAAGUUUCGGCAGAUUGAAGAUGACCGGAAGACACUAAUGACCAAGCAUUUUCAAGAGUUGAAAGAGAAGAUGGACGAGCUCCUGCCCUUGAUUCCUGUGCUGGAACAGUACAAAACAGAUGCCAAGUUAAUCACCCAGUUCAAGGAGGAAAUCCGGAAUCUGUCUGCCGUCCUCACUGGAAUUCAGGAGGAAAUUGGAGCCUAUGACUAUGAGGAACUACAUCAAAGGGUGCUUAGCUUGGAAACCAGACUUCGUGACUGCAUGAAAAAGCUAACAUGUGGCAAACUGAUGAAAAUCACAGGCCCAGUUACAGUCAAGACAUCUGGAACCCGAUUUGGCGCUUGGAUGACAGAUCCCUUAGCAUCUGAAAAAAAUAACAGAGUUUGGUACAUGGACAGUUAUACUAACAAUAAAAUUGUCCGUGAGUACAAAUCAAUUGCAGACUUUGUCAGCGGGGCCGAAUCAAGGACAUACAACCUCCCGUUCAAAUGGGCAGGAACUAACCAUGUUGUCUACAAUGGCUCACUCUAUUUUAACAAGUAUCAGAGUAACAUCAUCAUCAAAUACAGCUUUGAUAUGGGGAGAGUGCUUGCCCAAAGAAGCCUGGAGUAUGCUGGUUUUCACAACGUUUACCCUUACACAUGGGGUGGGUUCUCUGACAUCGACCUAAUGGCUGAUGAAAUCGGGCUGUGGGCUGUGUAUGCAACUAACCAGAAUGCAGGCAAUAUUGUCAUCAGCCAACUUAACAAAGAUACCUUGGAGGUAAUGAAGAGCUGGAGCACUGGCUAUCCCAAGAGAAGUGCGGGGGAAUCCUUCAUGAUCUGUGGGACACUGUAUGUCACCAACUCCCACUUAACUGGAGCCAAGGUGUAUUAUUCCUAUUCCACCAAAACCUCCACAUAUGAGUACACGGACAUUCCCUUUCAUAACCAAUACUUUCACAUAUCCAUGCUUGACUACAAUGCAAGAGAUAGAGCUCUUUAUGCCUGGAACAAUGGUCACCAGGUCCUAUUCAAUGUCACCCUUUUCCACAUCAUUAAGACUGAGGAUGACACAUAAGCAAAUGCAAUUUGUGUUCAUUGAUCUAACAGUGUCAUCUGUGAUAAACUCUAUAGGACCCCUUCUGGUUUUUCUUUAUAAUAACUUUCAUCAUUUCUCCAAAGCAUUUUUUGUUAUAAAGUUGGUGUUUCAAAAAACAUCUGAGCCUGUAUAAACUAACCUGUUGGAAACACAUCUUAACUCCUAAAUUUACAAGGCCUAUCAUGUCCUUGUCAUGAAAAGCACUAAAAUGAGCUUAAGUGGCUAAAGUCAUAGUUUUACAAAAGAUUAAUGAUCUGCCUUAUGUUAGAGUCAGAGAUUAAUGGUGGCUUAAAUGCAUGAAAUGUCUUUUUUUUUUUUU